UUCCUGCCUGGCCCUUGGCCCAGGGUGGUGACUGGCUGUCGCGAUCGGGGCGCGGGUCCCCGCCCCCGGCUCCCAGUCCCCACCCCUGCGCCCUCGGGGGCGCCCCAUCGCGGGAGGGUGGUCCGCCGGCCCCGUUCGCCUAGGGGCGGAGAGGUGGCGGGAACCUCCUUCCCGUUUCCGCCGUGGGCAGCGUGCCGGCCAGUGCCACCGGGAGGCGCGGUCGUCCCUCCGCCCGCGCGCCGGGGGCCGGCCCUGCCGCCUGCGCCUUUUUCCCCGCUCUCACCGCGGCGGCGCGCGGUCACUAGCCAACCGCAGGGAGCGCGGUGGCUGCAGCGCCCUGCGCUCGGAAGAUGGUCCCCGCGGCCGGACAGCUCGCUCUGCUAGCGCUGGGUUUCGUGUUAGCUGUGUGCCAGGCUCUGGAGAACAGCACGUCCCCCUUGAGCGACUCCCCCGUGGCGGCUGCAGUGGUGUCUCACUUCAACGACUGCCCAGAUUCCCACACUCAGUUCUGCUUCCAUGGAACCUGCAGGUUUCUGGUGCAGGAGGAGAAGCCAGCGUGUGUCUGCCACUCUGGGUACGUGGGUGUUCGCUGCGAGCAUGCAGAUCUCCUGGCCGUGGUGGCUGCCAGUCAGAAGAAACAGGCCAUCACUGCCUUGGUGGUGGUCUCUAUCGUGGCCCUGGCUGUCCUGAUUGUCACCUGUGUGCUGAUCCACUGCUGCCACGUCCGCAAGCACUGUGAGUGGUGCCGCGCCCUCGUCUGCAGACACGAGAAGCCCAGCGCCCUUCUGAAGGGAAGGACCGCUUGCUGCCACUCUGAGACAGUGGUCUGAAGAUCCCAGAGGAGGAAUUCGGCCAUGUGACCUAUGGAAGCCCAACACCAGAAAAGCUUCUUGGGACAAUGCCACUGGCAGUACCCACGUUCCUGGGACACGCUGGCAGACUUUCCCUGUGCCGCGCACAACUGUCCUCUGCAGGCCUUCAAAACUGUGUGGUAACUUUGCCUGCCGGGCUUCCUCAGCACACCCUAGAGAAGAAGCCAGUAGACCAUGUUUCAAGACAAACUGAAUGCGAAUCUCAAAGGGCUGCCUGGCCUUCUUGCUAACCCACACCAGGCAUGCGCUUGGGUUGGUGUCUCCUGCCAGUCAUGGAUUCCAGGCUGUUUCUUCUCAAUGGGCCAUCUGGUCCCAGCAGAGACUCCAUGGUUGAUGUACAAAAUGGACAAGGGAGAUGCCUAUUGCUAUAUGAAGACAGCGUGGCCUCCUAGGACCCUUGACAUCUCCUCAAGCCGUUGUCAGGAUGUGUGUCUUAUUUAUUAGAUGGAUAAUGGUUUUAUCUUUGAUCUCUUAAGUCAAUGUCAGGCAUCCACAUUAACGAUACAAGAGCAGCUGGCUGUGACGUUACACCAAACAGAAAUGUCCAGCCACUUUGAUAGAACCCGACUGCAGGGAGGGGUGCCUCCCAGGGGCUGUAGGGACAGUGGCCAAAGGUGACUCUGAUGGGAACAGAACUGCUAUUUGGAGGCCAUGCCCUCUAAGAUACAAAGCGGAAAAGUCCCUCCAGAUAAACAUGGUCGCAAAGUCAGCAAGGCCAGUGGCAGAGCGCCCCCCACGGGGACAAGAGCACAAAAGAGCCUGCGGGGGACACCUAGGGAGGACACACAUGCCAGCACUUGGCUAAGUGGAUUAACUUCCUUGUAAGCUCCGGCAUAAGCUCCGGCAUUAGCAGCGAGUAAUGGGACAAAUCCAUGAAGGGGAGCAGCCCUUUAUUUUCCAUGCUUUUGCCUUGGUUUUUGCUUUAUUUUCAGAAGGAGAAACUUAACUUUCCUAUUUAUUUUCAAGCAUUGGAUAAAUAUCCCACUGUUGGAUUUUGUUUGGUUUGUUUUCUUCCCUUUCAGAAUGUUGGCAUUAUUAACAAAAUUGCUACCAAACCUCUCCACUCCCCUCUGGAGAAGGAGACCUGAGCACCCUAGAGUGCUCUGACCCAUUGGGCCCACCCUCACCCCUGGGCUGCUCGGUACUGUCUGGAGACAGAAUGACAGUUAAUAUAUAAUGCUGCUCAUGGAGGACAUUGUCUAACUCAGAAGUGUAAAGCCUGCCCCCAUCAGCCCCCCAGAGCCUCUGACUCUGCCUAGGGAGAGGGCAUUCGGCACACCAAGUCGGUUUGGUUUCUAUCAGAAAGUUUGCUUCAAUCUUCUUCCAUCCCACCUUUUUCUGUAGAUUUUUCUCUUCUCCUAGGAUCUAGGCAUUGAUCUGCCCCAGGUCUUAACCCUGGCCUGCUCUGCUCACAACAACUGGAGCCCCAAAAGAAGAAACUGGGUCUGUCCAGAGCUGUCCUCUAGCUACAGAGCCGAUGCGGCUCCAGGCAGAAUCCAUCACUUUUGUUAUUAUUAUUAUUAUUAUGGUUUGGUGUUUUGUUGUUUCUUUUUGUGAGACAAGUUCUUGCUGUAUAGCCCAGGUUGGCCUUGAACUCAAGGUCCUUCUGCUCCAGCCUCCUGAGUUCUAAGCAUAUAGGUGUGUACCACCAUGCCCAGCAGAGUUUUUCAGUUUUUAAAGAAAAUAGGUUAAGUUUGCUUUCCUUGGGUCAUUCAUGUGGGUCAAGGUCGGGUGUAGUCUGCUGCUCAGAGACCAAUCAACUGCACUGGACCUUAGGCCUCUAUUGGCCCCAGCAUUUUCAGUAGGACCCUGCCUGAAGUCCUGACUCGUGGGGACCUACACAAAUGAGGCACAGGGCUUAUUCUCAUUUAGUGCACACCGUUACCUUCAGAUGACAGAUCUUCCCUGGUCUGCUGGAGGCUCUUGGACAUCUGACUUCUUUAAAGAUUUUGAACUGACAUCAAAGUAUUGAUGGGAACUUCUUCACUAAUGUCCCAUCCUAAAGAUGUCACCAGGAAUUGUCAUCCAAGACUCAGCAGAGGUGGGGAAAAUUAGGAUGGACAUACGAUGGUUAAGGCGGAGGAUCCCAGGGAAGACCUCAGCUUGGGGUCUGAGCAUCCCAGUUCUCAGGUCCAGCCAAUCACAGCAGCCAGUAGCCCUCCUGGUGCCAAUACACAAAUACAGCAGCUCAGAUGCCCCUAGAAGUGCCUUCCCAGCCAGGUCUUUUGUAAAACAACGGGUCUGAAGAGUCAUAAGCUGAGGCUAGGCUGUGAUGAGUCUGGCUGGACAUCAUCCCUGCCCCAACAGAUGACAGCCCUGUUUUUUGGUGACUGAUUUUUAGAAGACAGAUGCUAUUUUCCUUCCUGGGCCAUCUCACAGCAAAGAUAGCCCUGAUUAACUGUACCAGCGUCCUCCUGCCAGUUCACACCAUACUCUUCACAGCACCCUCCUGCCAGUUCACACCGUGAUUCCCACAGCGCCCUCCUGUCAGUUCACACAGUGUUCCCCAUAGCAUCCUCGUGUCAGUUCACAUUGUGUUCCCCACAGCACCCUCCUGCCAGUUCACACCAUGCUCUUCACAGCACCCUCCUGCCAGUUCACACCGUGCUCCCCACAGCGCCCUCCUGUCAGUUCACACUAUGCUCCCCAUAGCAUCCUGCUGCCAGUUCACACCAUGCUCCCCACAGCACCCUCCUGUCAGUUCACACUAUGCUCCCCAUAACAUCCUCCUGUCAGUUCACUCCGUGCUCCCCACAGUGCCCUCCUGUCAGUUCACACAGUGUCCCCCAUAGCAUCCUGCUGCCAGUUCACAUUGUGUUCCCCACAGCACCCUCCUGCCAGUUCACACCGUGCUCCCCACAGCGCCCUCCUGUCAGUUCACACUAUGCUCCCCAUAGCAUCCUGCUGCCAGUUCACACCAUGCUCCCCACAGCACCCUCCUGUCAGUUCACACUAUGCUCCCCAUAACAUCCUCCUGUCAGUUCACUCCGUGCUCCCCACAGUGCCCUCCUGUCAGUUCACACAGUGUCCCCCAUAGCAUCCUCCUGUCAGUUCACAUUGUGUUCCCCACAGCACCCUCCUGUCAGUUCACACCAUGCUCCCCACAGCACCCUCCUGUCAGUUCACAUUGUGUUCCCCACAGCACCCUCCUGUCAGUUCACACCAUGCUCCCCACAGCACCUUUCUGUCAGUUCACACUGUAUUUCCUGGCUCUCUCUUGAUGUUCAACACAGCUAUAAACAAGGAGUAAUCCUCAGCAGCCACACAGGACAGCACAGUUGAUCAGUGACUCAGGGGACAAUGAACAGCCCCCACAGAAUGGAUUGAAAUUAAUUCCAGGGACAUCAAGAUGGCACCAUGAGUAAAAGCAUUUGCCAACAACCCUGAGGACCCGAAUUCAAUCCCUGGGACCCACAUGGUGGAAGGAGAGAACACACACACACUCACUAAUUUUUAAAAAUAAAAGUGAAUUUUAGAAAGGCCGCCACACCUCUGGUUGUAACCUUGAACACACCACAGCAUUUUCUCCAUGGAAAAAAUAUAGUGGCAACUCCAGCCUGAAAGACAGAUUCCAGAUGGACAAAUACAGAACCAAGCCAGGAGUCAAUUUGUCAUGUGUCCUAGAAAAAGUUGGGACCAAUAGUCCCAAGGUGCGUUUUCUCCCACUCCCCCCAAAAAGGGGGCAGGAGGCAAGACUGGUCCUAAACACGCACACUGGUGAGGGACGAGGCUGUGGCUCUGAGGCUUGGGUCGUGGGUUGUUCCCAAGUACAGAAAGUCACCUGGGGUUCCCAGGCCAGCUUUCCUAGUGCCUGUUAGUUACUGGGUGAACCAGCAGCAUUCUAACCCUGCCUACAGGUCCAGUCCUGUGGUGAGUUCUAAGCUUGUCCCUCCCAGGACCAAGGGGAGGCCAUACUAAACAACACAUGGUUUUUGACACAGGGUUUCACUCUGUAGCCCAGGCCAGCCUCAAACCCAUGAUCCCCCUGCCUCAGCCUCCUGGGUUACAGGUGUGUGCCACCAUGCCUGACUUACAUUUGUUUUUAAUGUUCUGGUGUAAGAUUUAUUCCCUGAAGCCAUUUAUCUGUCUCAAAGACAUAGUGUUGCACACACUCGUGCACACAAUUACACACCCAGAGAACCGAACAGCAACUCCUCUCCGUAGUAUAGUAACUUUAUUAUAAGGAACCUGAUGCUGUCUUAGAACUCAUCAUUCUGACUUCUGUAUAUGAUGCACUGAAGGUUAAUAUGUAAUGUUUUAAUUUAUUUUAUGUGGUAAGUUAAUUUUGGUUUCUGUAAUGUAUUAAUGUGAUUAGAAGCUUUUUUUCUUAAUAUCUGAAUUAUACUUAAAGAGCAGUGAGGAAUAUAAGAUACUCUUGUGGUUUUCAGAAGUGUGUAUUGUUACUCAGUUGUAUUGUACCUUGUUUGGAAGGAUGAAGGAAUGAACUUUUUUUCCUAAACAUCAAGACUGGCGUUUUCCUUUAA